AUGGGAUGGUAUUACCAACAGAACCAAAUUCAUCCGCUGCAAGUGCCGAGAAGCUACAUGCGGCAAAUGGCGACAUUGGAAGCUGCGAAGGGGGCCUUUCCAUGGGAGUUGGCAGCUGAACGCGGGGGACCAGAAGACGGCAACGUCGACAAAAUCACCGACAAAUGUCUCUGGUCAGCCUGCAAAGCGAUCAGCGUCGGCCUCCUACUGAUUGCGUGUGGGGCCGCCAUGGCCGUUCUGGGUUUCUAUUCCGAUCAUCUCUCGACGGUCGAGGAACGCCGGGGCAACAGCACGGUGCUCAUAAAAAACGAAAACCGUGACUGGCAACUCGAUUCGCUCACAUACCUCGGGCCCAUGGUCAUGGGUCUGGGUGGUUUCAUCAUCGUGGCGACCUGUGUCAUGACAUUCGAAGCCAGGGAGAGCCGAGUGAGCAAACUCAGCUGGUUCAAGAGAACACGAACGUAUGUAGCGCCAGGUUCGUCGGGCGCCACAAACGUCGUGUCUUCGCCCGGUGGCGUUCAGCCCGACCCGCCCAGCGACAUAUCGUGGGACCGGAGGAGUUUCUUCCUAGCGGGCGGGGGCCGGGGCAGCCCCUCUAUAACAACGGAGCAGUCCAACUUUUCUUCAAAUCGACGCCGUCGCAGCAGCUUCGGUGACAUCGCGCCGCUACACAAGUACCCUUCAGAGCCAAGCUUGGCCCAUCAAGUAGUCUCGCAUCUACAACUAAGCUCGCUGUCCCCCGGAGCGCAAGGAGGACGGAGGAUGUUCCCUCUCGAAGCAGCCGCAGCAUCAGCCGCACCAACACCGCUACCAGCGACAGUAUCGGCGUGCCCGACGUCCCCUGGCGCGGUCUCUUCCCCGCAGAAUAAGGCGCUCCAGUCCCCAGGUCUUUUAAAGCCUCCGAGACAAGUUCGGUCUCCAAGGUGCUCGGCUGAUCUCCGUCAAGUGCUCUCGUUCGACUGCCCUCCAGCCACUAGUGCGUUCGAUGCGCGACCUCCACUGAUUCAACAAAACUCCGCAACGUCUCAAAGCUCCAUGACCGCCGAGCUUCACCUGCAAGAAGGAACGACCCGUUGGAGGAUCUCUCGGACAGCUAAUAGCAGCUCUCCGAGCGGAGUUAUCGCGCUUCCGAGCGAGCUUUCUCGAGACAGUAAUGCUGAAAAUGACGCCGCAUCGGAACAACGGCGUUUGUCCAAUGCGGCGAAAAGUGACUCGACCGAAAGUAGAUCACUCAAGACUCCGAGUCCUGCUCACAGACAUCAUCACAGACACCAUCACCAUCAUCAUCAUAGACACGGAUCAGGCCAUGAAAAAAGACGUCUUUCGUCGGCGACAACGUCCACUCAUCAUCAUCGAUUCGAGCUGCAGAGAGUGCAGACUAUAGCUGUAGAUUCGGGCCUGGGAUCGCCACCGUGUGGUGAAUCCCCGGUCAUAUCACCGCAGACCGAGAGUCCGAGCUCACCGAAACCUCCUUUGCUGUCUCAACAAUCGUGCACCGUGAAACGGUUCCCGUUCGUUCGACAGACAGCCACCGAGGACAACGAGCGACAUCCAAGCGUUUAGAGUAGGUAAAUACGAAUUCUCCGUGACGAAGUGGCU